AUGUUCUCAGAAGAACACAACACGCCAGGGGCAUCCAGCAGCCCUAACGAGCAGCAGGUGACAAAAUCCGACAGCGCUCCGUCCCCUCCUCUCCAAAUCGAACCCGCCGCCGCUACGUCAAGCCCGUCCUCGAACUUCGUCGACCGCGUGGAGCUCUUUGCUGCCCGCUUACCAGAAUACUACAUAGCCCCGUUUUGCGGCGCCAGUGCAGGGGUAGCGUCGGGAAUUGUGACCUGCCCACUCGAUGUGAUCAAGACGAAGCUUCAGGCCCAGGGGGGCUUCCGGAGAAAUGGGCAUAUGGUCGAAACUAGCAAAAUAUACCGAGGCAUGCUAGGGACUGGAAAGAUAAUCUGGAGGGAAGACGGCAUCAGAGGUCUCUACCAGGGCUUAGGACCAAUGCUUUUAGGGUACUUGCCUACGUGGGCGGUUUAUCUGGCCAUCUACGACCGAUCGCGGGAAUACUUUUAUGAGACAACUGAUAGUUGGUGGCUUUCCAGAGGAUAUGCUUCUGUUACUGCGGGAGCAUGUUCCACAAUCGUCACAAAUCCUAUCUGGGUGAUCAAGACUCGACUGAUGUCCCAGAGUUCAAGAUCCGACACCGAAGGAUACAGAGCCCCUUGGCGGUACAAUGGCACUUGGGACGCAGCUCGAAAGAUGUAUAAGCACGAGGGAAUACGCUCGUUUUAUUCCGGCCUCGGACCGGCUUUGUUAGGUCUGACGCACGUUGCGAUACAGUUUCCCCUCUAUGAAUACCUGAAAAUGGCAUUCACCGGCUACAGCAUCGGAGAGCACCCGGAUAACGGAAACUCCCACUGGAUUGGCAUAAGCUGCGCUACAUUUUUGAGUAAGAUAUGUGCCAGCACAGUGACGUACCCGCACGAAGUACUGCGAACAAGGCUUCAAACACAGCAAAAGAUUCAACCUUCUGCUUCGCCGGAGGAGAUCACAUUCCGCGGUGGGCUGGAUCACCCGGGGGGGCAUAGCCGGUCCUCAGGUGGGGCGUCAUCUGACGGCAUGGCUAAUCGACCACGAUACGCUGGAACUAUUCGCACGUUUAAAACAAUCUUGCAAGAGGAAGGUUGGCGAGCGUUCUACUCAGGGAUCGGCACGAACCUGUUCCGCGCCGUUCCUGCUGCCAUGACCACCAUGCUCACAUACGAGUAUCUCCGGAAGCAUAUUGGGCACCUGAAGCACGAAGGAGAGCAUAAACUCGCCCUGGAAGAACAAAAGGCCUCUUCGGCAGCAAUCUAA